AGUGGAAGAACAAGAAGGUGUCGUUCGCAUGCAGCAUGAUAGCCUUCGGGGAAGCAGAUGUGAAUAAUGGCCGGCGCCGAUGUCAGGGGAGUGGGAAAGCAAGCAGUCUUGUCUGCAGAUAUAGCAGACAGCGUCUUUGGGGCGGAUCUGAAUGAUUAAUGUCUGUGUUUGGAGGGGGGGGGAGAGAGAGAGAGAGAGAGAGAGAGAGAGAGAGAGAGAGAGAGAGAGAGAGAGAGGAGGUGGAAAGUUGAGGAGGAUUCACUGCAUCUGUGCUGGUUUCUUUUGGUCGGUUGAGAGCUGAGAUCGAUGACUAGGAGCUGUUGUGAAGAGAGAUUCAGGAGCUGCGAUCAACGACUAGGACGAGCUGGUCGAGAGAGCGAAGAGAAGAUUGAGACCUCGUACUAGGCGAUUCCAACAGACGGCAGUUCCUGGCAGGUGCGUGCAUGCAUGCCUAGCUUCGCUUCUGCGUGUGCCUCUGCUUGAUUGUGUGCCUGCAUGGAAUUGAGAAGCAGAGCUAGUCUGAGUUAGCAGGGGAGGGGAAAACGUUACACCCCCCCCCCACACCCACAGGGGAGAGAGAGAGAGAGAGAGAGAGAGAGAGAGAGAGAGAGAGAGAGAGAGAGAACGCCACCUGGACAGGUUGCGUUGUGGAGAGGUGGGGCUCUUUUUGAUAGCCUAUCUGUUUUGGUCCGCUUGAAGAGUAAGAGUGGCAACGAUAAAAAGUAGGGGGAGGAGGAUCGGAGUGGGAUUUCCGUUUUUUUUUUUUUGUUGACGUCAUUUCCGUAUAUUAUUCGUUUCUGAGUACAUAGAGCGAGCAAGAUGGCGGCCCCUGCGCUGCCCAAAACUCGUCUCGAUUUGAACUCUAAGCCCCCUCCCAACUAUGUAGCAGGUCUGGGUCGCGGUGCGACGGGAUUCACUACUCGGUCUGAUAUUGGUCCUGCCCGUGCCGCUCCCGACUUGCCGGAUAAGAUCCCGGCGCUGGGACGUGGUCGGGGUAAGGGAGGCGCGCAGGGCGGCGCUGGCGAUGAUGACGAUGAUGCAGAGGAGAAGGGUUAUGAUGAGAAUCAGAAGUUCGAUGAGUUCGAGGGGAAUGACAUGGGCUUGUUCGCGAGUGGCGAGUAUGACGAGGACGACCGCGAGGCUGAUUCCAUAUGGGAGGGGAUCGACAAGAGAAUGGAUGAGCGGCGGCGCGACCGGCGGGAGGCACGUCUCAAGCAGGAGAUUGAGAAGUAUCGCGCGUCCAAUCCGAAGAUCACGGCUCAAUUUGCGGACCUAAAGAGGAAACUGACCCAUCUUAGUUCGGAUGAAUGGGACAGUAUCCCAGAGAUUGGGGACUACAGCAUGCGCAACAAGAAGAAGCGGUUUGAGAGCUUUGUUCCCGUGCCGGACACGUUGCUGGAGAAGGCGCGGCAAGAGCAUGAGCACGUGAGCGCUUUGGACCCGCGGGGCCGCGCGGGUGGCGGCGGGCCCGGAGGCGGAGGCACGGAAACACCAUGGGCGCAGACCCCCGUGACGGAUCUGACAGCCGUGGGAGAAGGGAGAGGGACUGUCCUCAGCCUGAAGCUUGACAGGCUCUCUGACAGUGUGACAGGUCAGACUGUCGUCGAUCCCAAGGGGUACUUAACCGAUCUAAAGAGCAUGAAGAUCAACAGCGACGCGGAGAUCAGCGACAUCAAGAAGGCCAGGCUGCUGCUCAAGAGCGUUAUUCAGACUAAUCCGAAGCACGCACCGGGAUGGAUCGCGGCGGCCAGGCUGGAGGAGCUGGCGGGGAAAAUUCAGGCGGCACGUGCCUUCAUUCAACGAGGAUGCGAGGAGUGCCCGAAGAACGAGGAUGUCUGGCUCGAGGCCUCUCGUCUGCAAACCCCGGAAAAUGCCAAGGCUAUGAUUGCGAGAGGGGUGAAGGCGAUCCCCACAUCAGUGAAGUUGUGGAUGCAAGCGGCAAGGAUGGAGAAGGAUGAUGAGGGGAAGUCUAGGGUUCUGCGAAAGGCUCUUGAACAUAUCCCCAACUCUGUGCGGCUUUGGAAGGCGGUGGUGGAACUAGCCAAUGAGGACGAUGCACGAGUCUUGCUGUCGAGAGCUGUGGAGUGCUGCCCUCAACAUGUGGAGUUAUGGCUUGCACUUGCCCGGCUGGAGACGUACGAAAAAGCGCGCACUGUCCUUAAUCGUGCCAGAGAGGCGAAUCCCACGGAGCCAUCGAUUUUCAUCACGGCGGCUAAGUUGGAGGAAGCCAAGGGUGACCUCGCCAGGGUGGGGAAGAUCAUCGAGAGAGCCAUCAAGUCCCUCAGAGGACAUGGAGUGGUGAUAGACAGAGAGAAGUGGAUGCGCGCCGCCGAGGACGCUGAACGGGCGGGAUCAGUUGCCACGUGUCAAGCGAUCGUGCGCGCCACAAUUAGCGAGGGCGUGGAGGAAGAAGAUAGGAAGAGAACGUGGAUGGCCGACGCAGAAGAGUACAAGAAACGCGGCUCGCUGGAGACGGCGCGAGCCAUCUAUGCCCACGCUCUGACUGUCUUUCGCGCCAAAAAGUCAGUGUGGCUGCGCGCUGCACAGCUUGAGAAGACGCACGGCACUCCCGGGACGCUUGAUGCUCUCCUGCGCAAGGCUGUGGUCUAUUGUCCUCAGGCGGAGGUGUUGUGGCUCAUGCUCGCAAAGGAGAAGUGGCUGCAAGGCAACGUCCCGGAGGCUCGUGCCAUCCUCGAGGCCGCCCACGCUGCCAAUCCCAACUCAGAAGAGAUCUAUCUUGCCGCUUUCAAGCUGGAAUUUGAGAACAGGGAGCUGGAGAGAGCGAGGAUCCUGAUGAAGAGAGCGCGAGAGAGAGGGGGCCUGGAACGGGUCUGGAUGAAGUCGGCUAUUGUCGAACGAGAGCUUAGCAACGUGGAAGAGGAGAGAAGUCUAUUGGAUGAAGGGUUGAGGCUGUUCCCAGAGUUCCACAAGCUAUGGUUGAUGCUGGGCCAGCUGGAGACGCGAGUUGGGAGGGCGGAUGUGGCAAGAGAUGUGUACCAGAGAGGCCUGAAGCGAUGUCCCAACAGCAUACCGCUGUGGCUGUGCGCAGCGCAGUUGGAAGAGAAAAUUGGAGGAUUGAGCAAGGCCAGGGCAAUCUUGGAGCAGUCGCGACACAAGAACCCGAAGAUGCCAGAUCUCUGGAUUGCAGCGAUUCGUGCGGAACUAAGAGCGGGGAACAAGAAGGUCGGCGAAAGCUUGAUGGCUAAGGCUCUUCAGGAGUGCCCGACCAGCGGCAUUCUCUGGGCCGAGGCAAUCAUGAUGGCUCCGAGACCUCAGCGCAAGUCCAAGAGCGUCGAUGCCCUCAAGAGAUGUGAUCACGAUCCUUGGGUCAUCGCAACGGUCGCUGUGCUGUUCUGGCAGGAUCGGAAGGUGGAGAAUGCCCGCAAGUGGUUCAAUAGAGCAGUGACUUUGAAUCCGGACAUUGGAGACUUCUGGGCGCAGUUCUACAAGUUUGAGAUGCAGCAUGGCAAGCCAGAGCAACAAGAGGAUGUGGUCAAGCGGUGUCUGAGUGCGGAGCCGCAUCAUGGAGAGCGGUGGUGCCGCGUGUCGAAAGCCAUCGAAAAUGCGCACCAACCCAUCGAAACCAUUCUGAAGAAGGUGGUGGCAUCCCUUGACAAGGAUGCCUGGGAAUAACUAACGUCACCCUACAGUAGUACCAGCUGAACCUCUUGUACACUACGGUAGCCACUAACAAAGAAUACGGCGGUAA